GGUUCACGAUCAGUCGCUGUUACGCAUAGAUUAUAAGAGUAUUGAAUUACCUGCAUCCAUUCUAUAUAAAGAACAAUAUAUGACUAGAUGACCUAUUAGCACUUUAAAUGAAGACGCUUUAGAAUAAUACAUUCGACUGCUACAGUAAAAUAUCACGGAAAUAUACAUUUUGAAACAUCUAAACAAUAUGCCGCAUACUGGUCAAGCAGGCGUUAACCAAUUGGGUGGUGUAUUUGUCAACGGUCGUCCGUUGCCUGACUACGUUAGAAGACGCAUAGUACAGUUAGCUCUACUAGGAGUUCGACCAUGUGACAUAUCUCGACAACUUUUGGUUUCACACGGAUGCGUAUCAAAAAUCCUGACACGGUUUUACGAAACUGGUUCAAUACGACCAGGAUCUAUCGGCGGUGCUGGGUUGCAAAAAAAUAAAACAACUCAAGGAAAUUUCUCAAAAAAAAGUGGCAGAUGUAAGCAAGAUAUUAUAUCGAACAGAGUCAACGGAUCUCAAACAGUACCUUCUUCGAUUCGCAAUCUACCAUGGAUACAUCCUUUAGAUUUGUACUACGAACGAAUUCACCAGCAUCAACUCGAACACGGACCAAGUGUCAUUGGCGAACCAUCGAACGGUCAACCAGCACCAGGUGCCAAAAAACCGCAUACUCCUUACACUAUCGAAGAGAUAUUGAAACCUACAGCACCGCGGCCACGACCACUGUCUCCGUGUGGCCUUCUGGUGGACGGAGUGUGCACGUGUGGAUUGACUGGAAAUGUAAUGUCAACUGCGUUUUAUGUUGAUGUGCAACAACAAUUUAUGUGUCAGCAACACCGAUAUUAAAAUACCAUUUCGAUUUUUUUCAUGUAUAAAUCCAUAAAAAUGUCUGAGACAAGCCAAAGAACUAUGUAAAUAUGAAUUAAUGUUUUAAAAUAAUUUUAAGACACAAUUGUUACUGAAUCAA